AUGCCACCACAAAAUUUUAUCAUUCUUGGGGGUGGCAUCUCUGGUUUAACAGCAGCAUGGUAUUUGGCCCGUAAUGCACCAUCCUCAACAAAAAUUACAUUGUUAGAAGCAUCGAAUAGAUUUGGAGGAUGGAUACAAAGUACUCGUGUUGGAGAAGAAAGGAUCCUUUUUGAACAAGGCCCUAGAACCUUGAGACCUAGUGGAUUAGGUGCAUAUAUUAUACUGGAUAUGGCAGCAAAAUUGAAUUUAACAGGGUACAUUCAUGCAGUUGGUAAAAAUGAGCCAGCUGCGAAAAAUCGUUAUUUAUAUUACCCGGAUCGUCUCAUUCAACUUCCAGGGGGUGGCUUAUUUCCAGGUUUAAAAAGUAUUGUACAGAAUAAAUUUAUGUUAUCUUCAUUAUAUUCAGUAAUACGUGAACCAUUUAUCAAACCACUCAAAAAUUUGGAUGAUGAAAGUAUUCAUAGUUUUAUUUCCAGAAGAUUUAAUUCAACGUUGGCUGAUACAUUGAUGAGCGCACUUGUUCAUGGAAUUUACGCAGGUGACAUAAAGAAACUUUCGGUUAAGUCCACAUUUAAACAAAUGUUUGAUAUGGAACAAAUCUAUGGAUCGGUAAUUAAAGGCACGAUUAACAGUAGAAAGUUAUCUACACUUUCUCAGAAGGAUCAAAAUUGGUUAAAUUUACUUUGUGAAGAGAACAAAGAUCUUUUCGCAUUUAUGAGCACUACGAGUCUUUAUUCUUUUGCAAAUGGUAUUGAACAAUUGGUAUAUGCUAUUGUUAAUGAUUUGAAGGAUAGAGAAAAUGUAACUAUAAAGACGUCACAUCAUGUAAAAGAAUUGAAAUUUGAUAAAGAGAUAGAAGUCUGUACAAAUGAUGGGUCAUUCAAAGCUGAUCAUAUUAUUAGCACCAUUCCAUCACACGAAUUGGCAUGUCUUCUUCCUGAUCUUCCAUAUUUAACAUAUAAUCCUUCAGUAACGGUUGCAGUUGUAAACAUUGCAUAUGGCCGGCAAAAUUUGCUGCCAGUAAAAGGAUUUGGAUAUUUAAUUCCACAUACAACACUAAGCAAUCCAUAUCAUGUCCUUGGAGUGGUAUUCGAUUCUGAUGCCAUGCCCCAUCAAGAUUAUAAAAAGGAUAAAUACACGAAACUUACGGUAAUGAUGGGAGGUCAUUAUUAUAAUGAUCUUUCAGAAAACGAUUAUCCAAAUAAAGAUGAACUGUUAAGUAAAGCAGUUGAAACAAUAGAAAAACAAUUAGGGAUAUAUUUAACUCCCUUACAAUGCAUGGCAAAAAUUCAUAGAAAGUGUAUACCACAAUAUUAUGUUGGGCAUUAUUCCAGAAUGAAAGAAUUACAUUAUAUGAUCAAGAAAAAAUAUGGGAAAAGGUUGAGCGUUGGAGGAGCGAGUUAUUUUGGAGUUAGCAUUAAUGAUUGUGUUACUAAUUCUGCAAGAUUGGCACUUGAUUUGCUUAGAAAUGAUGGAAUUGUUACUGGAUUGGAAAGAGUUGAAGGAGAUUGA